GGCCCGCCUCCCGUGACGCCGCCGGUGGCAAUUUUAGCUCGUCAGCUGACCGCAGAGAGCCCGGACGGGGGCUCCGCGCCUACAAAAGCCGAGCAGCGGCCGCCAGACCGGGACCCUCCGUCCCCUCCCGACACAGCCACCGCCGCCAUGGCGCCCCGCGGCCGCCUCCUGUUCCCGCUGCUGCUCCUCGCCUUGGCGGGGCCCUGCUCGGCCCUCAUCAGGAUCCCCCUGACCAGGUUCCCCUCCAUGCGGCGGGUCCUGAACGAGGUGGGCAGCGAGAUCCCAGACGUGAACGCACUCACCCAGCGCCUCAAGUUCAAGUAUGGCUUUGCUGAUGUGGCUGAGCCCACUCCAGAGCUCCUGAAGAACUACAUGGAUGCCCAGUAUUACGGUGAGAUCGGCAUCGGGACCCCCCCUCAGAAGUUCACUGUGGUCUUUGACACUGGUUCUUCCAACCUCUGGGUGCCAUCUGUGCACUGUCACCUGCUGGACGUUGCCUGCUGGCUGCACCACAAGUAUGAUGGCUCCAAAUCCAGCACCUACGUGGAGAACGGCACCGAGUUCGCCAUCCACUACGGCACAGGGAGCCUCUCUGGGUACCUCAGCCAGGACACUGUCACGCUGGGUAACCUGAAAAUCAAGAACCAGGUCUUCGGGGAGGCUCUGAAGCAGCCAGGCAUCACGUUCAUUGCUGCCAAGUUCGAUGGCAUCCUGGGCAUGGGUUUCCCCAAGAUCUCUGUGGACAUGGUCACCCCUUUCUUUGAUAACAUCAUGCAACAGAAGCUGAUUGAGAAAAACAUCUUCUCCUUCUACCUGAACAGAGACCCUACAGCUCAGCCUGGUGGUGAGCUCCUCCUGGGAGGGACUGACCCCAAGUACUACAGCGGUGACUUCAGCUGGGUCAACGUCACACGCAAGGCCUACUGGCAGGUCCACAUGGAUGCGGUGGAUGUUGCCAAUGGGCUGACUCUUUGUAAAGGAGGCUGUGAGGCCAUCGUGGACACUGGGACCUCCCUCAUCACUGGCCCCAGCAAGGAAGUGAAAGAGCUGCAGACAGCCAUUGGUGCAAAACCCCUCAUCAAAGGCCAGUAUGUGAUCCCCUGUGAGAAGAUCUCCUCUCUGCCUGUCGUCACGCUGACACUGGGAGGGAAGCCCUACCAGCUGACUGGAGACCAGUAUGUCUUCAAGGUUUCUGCACAAGGAGAGACCAUCUGCCUGAGUGGCUUUUCAGGCCUGGAUGUCCCACCCCCUGGGGGUCCCCUCUGGAUCCUGGGAGAUGUCUUCAUUGGUCCCUACUACACAGUCUUCGACCGCGAUAACGACUCCGUUGGCUUUGCCAAAUGUGCCUAAGUGCCCGAGCCCUGCUGCCUCUGCCACACACACACACACCCCUACAUGUGGGAGCCACAGGGAAGGAUUCCCAGGAUUAGAAUCCCAGUGAGUGGAAAGCAAAACAAACAAAAAGCAAACCCAAGAAAAAGAAAUGGAACUAGAUUCAAAGUGACAUGGAAAAUAGUCCUUAGUGCCCUGCUAGCUAUGUUUUUCCCCCCCUCUAAGUGGUGCUGGGAGGUCUCUAGUUGACAACUCCAGCUGGAGUUAGCCCCUUGCUUUACUUCUAGGUCUUCCAAUGUUUGUUUGUAGGGAUGAUUCUCAGAGCUGAACAAGACCCUCUCCAGUCUCACAGCCCUGGUCUCCUUCCUGGAGGUGCAGCUGGCUGGGCCCAGUCCCCAGCACCUCUCUUCCUGCAGAGAAGCUGUGUGGCUGCUCUUGGGUUUGGCCUUCUGUGCUGGGGGAGAGGGAUGGGGAGGGCUGUCAAGCACCUAACCACUUCUUGCUUUUUCACUGAUGCAGUGGGGGAGUGAGAGGUAGGGGAGAGGCUUCAGCAGCCCUCCACAAUAGGCUGAGGCAGUGACUGGUAGGUCUUUUUUUUUUUUUUUGGUGGGUUUGUGCUGACUUGGUCCUAGGAGAACAUGUCCUGGGCUGGAGCAGCAAGGGAUCAUGGUAGCAUGCCCAAGGGUUCUGGUGAUGUGGUUGUGUGUGGUGAUAGCACUAGGGAGAGAGCUGGAGGCAUGAAGUGCACAUGCCUGGACCUAACAGCACAGGGAUUCAUAGUGGGGUUUCAGCUUCUUUGGGGUCAAGAUAGGAUUGCACAGAGGUCACUUGAAUUCAUGGCCAUGAAGGCCCAGCCUCCUGCUGAGCAAAGUCACUUGUUAGAGGUUCUCCUGCAGUUUGAACUCUAACCACAAAUCUUCCCAGCUCCAUCCACAGCCAAGUUGCUGAGAGUAAUGUUUCCUGAAGCCAGCCAAGUGGUCGAGCUGAAAUCACACUGGUAGAACUCAUAGGGGUUUGUCAGCCACAUCAGAGCUUUUGGGAACAUUGCUUGAAGCAUUUUGAACUGCCCAGAAGCCCAGAGACAGGUGGCAGAGCCACCAAGCCUGGGCAGAGGAAGGAGCUGUGGCAGCUGCUGGGCUUGCACUUGCUUUCCCUGCUGCCCCAUCCCAAACCCCAACUGCCUUUAACCCCUCCUGACCUGCUUUCCACUUUACUAACCCUGCUGUGAGCUCUGUUCCUGUCCACCCUGUGUGCAGCUGCAGAGGGGCAGCGCCUUGCCUGGGGAGGUUGUGGCUGCUAUAGCUGUGCUUGCAGGCCCUCCUGGAGAGGAGGAUCUCAUAGCUGCACAUAUGGAGCUGCUCGCUUCACUGGGCUGGCGUCAGCAGGCAAACACUGGUGGAGCUGGGAGGAUGAUGAAGUGAGUUUGAAGUGGUACUGGAAAGCAGAAGAGAGUCUGCUAAGAGGCCCAGCCUGUGCUGGGACUGAAAGACUCUCUUUGCUUUCCCAGUGUGCUGAAGCUGGGGAGAGGCAGCAGGUGAAGGGCAAAGCUGAGGGUGGCAGCAGGGCUCAGGUCCUGAAUUCAGGGAGAGGCAGCAGGUGAAGGGCAAAGCUGAGGGUGGCAAGAAGACCAAGUCAGCACCAUGACCCCAGACCAGGUAAAAAUCCUGGCUUCCCAGAGUUAUCCUGCCAGCAGUACCAGUGGGGCUGAAGAAGCUCCCAGGAAGGGUCUUUGGGCAGUGGGUGACUAGGUGGUGACAUGAUGUGCAUCACCCCCAGUCCUGAAUUCACCAGGAGCACCAGAGGCUCGGGGCAGAGGUCACAAAGUGAGCUAUAGGAGAGCAGUGAGUAGGUAGCCUGUGAAUCCCCUGUCCCCACCCACUGAUGGGUUUGGCUCUACAACCCUGCCUUAGGCCUUGCAGGGGUCUGGUGUGGGCAGUGAGGAAAGGCCUGGGCACACCUGGGACAUGUGCACAGUCCUCUGCAACCCCAGAUGUGACAACUCUUACUCCCCAAGCUUGCUUCUGCCUGUGGUAUCUUCACCUGCAACCCUGCAUCCAGAGGCCUGAGGACAUCUGUUAUGGACUGGCUAGAGAAUAGCAGUGUGUCCCCAAAACCAGCCCUUCAGUAGGCACUCCCAGCUCAGCAGAUCCUCAGCACCUCUCCAGAGAGCCCCAGUUUCACACCACUUGAGUGCCCACAGUGUCCUGCUACAUCACUUCCCCAGCUGCAGGAUUCCUUCAGCGUGGGAAGACAGAGACAGCCUCUGUUACCUGCUGUGCAGACCUGAUGUGGGUCUGGCAGGGUGUUCUGAACACCUCCAGCAUCAAGGUGAAGCAGAAGCAGCCACCAAGCCGUGGUUCUGCUGAGUGUGCAGUGCCCCACAGCAUCUGCAUUGUCACCUCUGUGGUAACCCCAGGCUGGGCUGAGGCCUGUCCUUGGGCAGGAGAUGGGGGCAGAGCAUGGCCCACAGCAAUGCCCUGAGUGAUGUGGGGUAGGCUGGAAGAGAAGUUCAUGGUGGUCUUCCCUGAAGGGGUGUUCUCCCCUCCUUUUAUUUGUGUUUUUAAACCAAGCUCUAACAGUGUGACUGGUUGGUUGGUUGGUUUUUAAUCUAAUCUGUUGUCAGAACUUCUGCCUCAUCUUAGACCAUGGAGAAGAAAAUACAGUACUGCCCCCUUAA